AUGUUUAGCUCCUAUCCAGUGAUUCACGCCUACAAUUUUGCCUUCAUGGUUGUCUUUCUAUGUCAACGUUGGUUUGGAUGUUGCUCAGGCCGAACCUUUUUGAUGCUCAAGUUGGUUGUCUGUGAGGACUUUUUUACCAUGUUUGAUAUUCUGACCAAGCUUUUGACUUUUGACUACCAUGCUGAAUUAGAUGAGUUGGGUAUUGUUUAUCUGUUGUUACCAUUUUUGAUAGGGAAUUUGCUUCUUGAAUCUCUUUUUGGUACUUGGAGAUUGUUUACUUCUUUGUUGUUUGCUCAAAUUUGCAUGCUUCUGGUAGAUGAAGAAUUUUGUAGAGUUGGUAGUUUGUCGGAACUUCUAUUGUACCCAACAUUGAACACAAUGCAUUUGCAAACACUUCACCAAAUAUGCCCACAAGGGGGAAAUGGGACUGUCACAACCAAUCUUUAUUUUACAACUCUUGAAGCAUUUGAUAAUAACUAUUUCUCUAAUCUUUUAUCCAACGAAGGCCUUCUCCAAAGUGAUAAAAAACUCUUCCCAACUACUGGGGCUAAUAUUGUUGACAUUGUUAACAAUUUUAGUGCUAAUCAGAGUGCUUUCUUUGAAAACUUUGUGGAAUCCAUGAUCAACAUGGGAAAUCCUAGUGUUUUAACAAGAACUGAUGGGGAGAUCAGGUUGAAUUGCAUAGUAGUUAAUGGCAAUUCGACUACAGAGGAUAGUCUUCUUAUGAGCUCAAUAUGA